AUGGGAGUCGCGUCGCCGCCGCCGCCCCCGCCGGUGCAGGCGGAGGACUCAGCGGUGGCGGCGGCGGCGGCGGCGGCGCGAUUGCGACAACAGCGGCGCAAUAGCGGCGGCAGGCGCAGGAGCAGCGAGGACGGCGGCGGCGCCGGUGGCGGUGAGAACCUUACGCCGUCCCCCGGGACGACGGUUGUGGACCAGCAGACACGGCCGCAGCGGCGAAGGAGAGAGCGCGAGCGUGUUGGUGCCGGUGGUGCCGGUGCCGGUGGUGCCGGUGGUGCCGGUGCCGGUGGUGCCGGCGGCGGCGGCGGUGGAGAAAGGCCGACAGGAGAGGACAAGGAGUUUAGCGCGCAGCAGAAGUCCAAGACCGCACUGGCUGACGCCCUGGAUAGCACCAUCCUCGGCGACCUGUGGUUCGAGCGCGGCGAGCUGAAGGAGGCGAGGUACGAGCACCUUCGCGCGCUGAGGAUACGGUCGGCUAGGCUUCCGCCGGGCCACCCGGACAUCGCUGAGAGCCUGGAGAGCCUGGGGAACGUCGCCAUUCGCGAGGGGAACCACCUGGAGGCGGAGGGGCUCCACAGGAGGGCGCUGGACAUGCGCACGAGGGCCCUCGGGCCAAACCACAUGGACGUCGCGGCCACCCUGAACAACCUGGCCGUGUCUCUCAAGGGGCAGGCUGGCAAGCUUCCCGAGGCCGAAGCGGUUUGCGCGCACGCGAUGUCGAUUGUGGAGGUUAACGACUCGCAGGGCCACAACACCCCGCACCUCAUGGCGGCGCUGCUUAAGCUCCAGAGCAAGAUCCUCAAGCGCCAAGGAAGAAGACCGGAAGCGGCGAGCCUAAGGGCCCGUGCGGUGGCCAUCCUCGAGGAGGCCGCGGCGGCAGUCCCUGGAGGCGGCACCACCACCGCCGCGCCGUAG